GGAAAGUGAGGCUAGGCUGGCAAAUUGCAUGGCCAGAUGUGUCAGCACAGGCAAUUCCCUUUGUCCUUAACAAGGACUUAUUGGAGAAGUCUGUGCUGGCAAAUUGCCACGGAUCGAUGGGGCCUGGCGAGUGUUGUUGCCUUCCCAAAGACUGCAACGUUGAAUCCUGCAAGCCCUCAGAGUGAGGCCUUUCAGGUGCACAGAGGUCCGAACAGUGGAUCUUUUGUGUCCCACUCAACGUUUGGAAACUUCUGCUCUAAAGUCCUCCAGUCCUAGCAAAAGAUGCUGGGAGGGUUUUGGAGGACUUGGAACGGCUUCCAGUAGCUUGUUCUCAGGUGCUUUCCAGAGAAAAGGUUCAAUGCUCAGCAAGAUUCGCAUGGUGACGUGAUCUUGGUCGAGGGUCGGGGUUCGUGAAAAUGUUUGGUUUGCUUUUGAUCGUCCGCAGCACUUCAGAAAUCAAAAGGAGGAAACCAGAGGAUGUGGUACUGUAACCCUGCAAAAGAUUGAUUGUUCCAGGAUUUUGUUGUUCGUAAACAAGCCACCAAAAUAUGUUUAUUGUCAAGGAUGAUGCAGACUGCUGGAUGGGUGCUGUCAAUUAUGAUUUGUGUUGCAGAAACCACUAUGGCUCACCCCAUUGUUGGGGCGAUUCGGCAUUCACGUUCGAGCGCUGUUGCACACUGCGGCUUGGGAAAGGGAGCCACGAGUUUUUCAGUGAGGCACGUAAGUUUCUCCUUGCCAGCUGGCCGCAGCAGCUGCUCAUGCUGGGUUCAUUGCUGUUGGGGCUGAAGUCCUCGGCACCUUCCAAGAAAGUUCCGCGGCUCAUCCCUGCUGUGCCACAAUUGCGUUUGCUGGCAACACUUUGGAUAGCGGCUUUCCACGUGUGGAACCUGCUGGAGCCGCUGUAUCCAGGCUCCGAUGAUGUGAAACUCCUGGAGUCCCUCGCAGUGGUGCACACCGAUGUGUUCUUCAUUGUCUCCUCCUAUUUGAUUGCCAAGCGGCCGAAAGGAUUUCUUCUUGAUCAGCCUCCGCUGUCACAAGACUCGCACGUAGUGAUAUACACGGAUGGAACAUGUGACCAGCCUCAGGAGCAUGGGCUGUGAUUCAGAAAUUCAGCAUGUUCGGGACUUCCCAGAGGAUCCUUCCUAAAAUGACUUUUCAGCUGUGCAAACAUCCCAUGUGAAGGGACAUCAAACCAUUACUGUAUAUAAUCGGGCGGAGCUGGAGGCAGUGGAGUGGAUCAUCCGACAUGUGUCUACAAGCUUUCCGGAUCGAUUGAGCAUUUGUCAUAAGUAGGAUGCAAGCACUCUUCGGCAGUCAUGAUUCUUUGCUUCCUCAUUUGGCACUUAGUUACAUUUUUGCAGCAAUAUAAUAUUUGUAAAGUUGAGUCCCAUCAAUCUAUGGAAGAAGCAAUUGGCCCGUCAGAGCCAUCUCAGAUUCUAGGAAACCAGGUUGCCGAUGAGACAGCUAUAUAAAAUGAUCAACCGGAAAGAAUUUCAAGAAUGUCCAGCCUUUCGCAAUGCAUCUGAUACCGUCUCCAUUCAUACAAGAAUCGGACGAAUAUUGUCAAUCAUCCUCAUCUACUACAUCUACGUACAAGUAGUCAGUAUUCAGUGGACUUCAAUAGUCUAUACUCCCAGCUUACAAUCGACCGAGAGGCGAGACAAUCGCAAGCAGGAGAACAGACUAUCUCGCACAAUUUCGAGACCAUUUUAAUUGGACUGUAGAGGAAGCAAAAUGGCCCUAGAAGAAGAUCUUCAUCCUGCGGUUGAACAUGCAUCAAAUUUGGGUUCGUAGGGUCACCGGUCAAGUGUGGCAGGUCAUUCAGAGGUUGCAAUGGCCCGAUCCCAGUGCGCAUUUGUCCAAUGACGAUGGUGGCAUCACCCGGUACGAACUAUACAGUCAUUUUAUAUGAUGAUUAACUGGUGAAUGCUUGUCCAGCUGGAUUCAGCAAGAAAUUAGUCCUUAUCCAAUUCCCUUUGACAUUAUGACUUCAGCUCUGAUGAAGUCAAAUUGCUGCCCGCAAGUUGUCACAGCAGGCAACAAACUUAAGAAACAUUGUUUGAUUUGUGGGGAAUGCAAUGCGAUGUCAGGUGUUUCCACGAUAUCCCAAAACUGGGCUUCCUCUUUAACGCACUUAGACUUAGAGUUUCAUAAAAGCUUAGAUAGUUGGAGGAGUUCCGGCACGUCCUCAGUUUGGGGGACAGAGUAAAUUGGUUCGACUCGUGGAACACGAUGCUUGUCUUGACAAUCAGACACAUCCGGCAAAUGUGCAUCUUAUCCUUGAAAAUAAUUUGGAACAAAGGCACAUUUUCCGGAGAGCUCUAAGCACCGGUGCUGUCAGAGGUUUGGUGGGCCUUGAGAAGCCGAAUUGUAUGCAUACGAUUGUGUUUAAUUAGCAGACAGAUAAUUUUGAGAUAGCGCAACCUGUGCUACUGCCUUUAGUAUCGGCAGCCCCGCUGUCUAGGUAUGCACGUUUGCGACUUGCAUUGCCAAUGUCCCUGGGGCCUGGCGGUGUUUAGCCGAGGUGCUCCGCCGUGCCGUGCGCUUAUGUGUUCCGGCAAUUGUUUCGACCUGCAUGAUGUCGAUUGUGAGACCAACGCUUAGAUGGACGAGCACUGCCGCUGGCCAAAUGACUUGGAC